AUGCACACUCUCACUCUCCACAUUUCCACCACCCCCCGCCUCUCCCCACAACCCCCUCCCUCCACCCCCUCUCCUCUCCGCCCCACUUUUCCCUUCCUCUACUCAUCCUGUUCUCCUUCUCUUCCAACCGUGCUUCCCCUCCUCACUUCUCCACACAACCAACCCUCUCUCCCUUCCCUCCCCUCCUCCCCCACUCCCCCCUCCCCUCCUUCUCUUUCUUCCCAAAUCCCCAGGUACGCGAUAAUCAAUGCGCUCCUGGUGGCCUUCACGAUGACCUUCUUCCCCAUCUUUGACGUGCCUGUUGUUUCCUCCUCUCUCAUCCCUCCCUUUCUCCCCCUUCCCUCCCAUCCCCCUCCUCCCUCCCUCCCCACUUCUUCUUUCAGGUACGCCAUGACCAAGGCGUUCCUUGUCGCCUUCACGAUGACCUUCUUCCCGAUCUUUGACGUGCCAGUGUUCCCUCCUUUCCUCCCACCCCCACUCUUUUCCCCUCCUCCCUCCCCCCCUCUCCACAGGUACGCAAUGACCAAGGCGUUUCUCGUUGCCUUCACGAUGACCUUCUUCCCCAUCUUUGACGUGCCGGUGUUCUGGCCCAUCCUGCUCAUGUACUGGUUCACGCUCUUCGUGCUCACCAUGAAGCGCCAGAUCCGCCACAUGAUCAAAUACAAAUACGUCCCCUUCUCCUUCGGCAAGCAGAAGUACAAGGGGGAAAAGAAGCCUUCUACCUACCAGGACGAUAACUCCUGA